CCGACCCGCUGCGAGCGAGAAGAGGUUCGGGGGACGGCCCGGCCCGGCCGCCGAAAGACUGAGCCGGGGAGGGGCGCCGUGGGUGGCGAAGAGCGGGCGCCCACCAGACCGAGGACAGAGCUGCGGGGGGCUGUGCAGCUUUUGCCUUUUUUCGGCCGGGGACCGGCCUUGCCGUGAGCGGGUGAUCGGCCUUUGGGCCGCGAAAAUCGCCUCCGACGGGCCCGAUCAAAGGAGGGGAGGGACUCUCGGGAACGCGGCUUCCAGCGGGAAGAUCUCCGACGAGCGGCUGAAAGCGCCCCCCGCUCUCUCGCACGCCGGCGGGACGGGUCGAUCCCAGCGCCCGCGAAGGGCGCCCCCACCUCGUGCGACCGCCCCCUGGCGGGAGGGGAGGGGGCGGCGGGGCGAGGCCAGCGGGAGCCCCGCCCGCAGAGCCUCACCUGGCGGGGCGCCUUUAAAGGCCUCGGAGGGCAGGCGGAGCCCGCAGAGAAGAGCUGGCGCGCGAGUGCCGGGCUGCUCCCGUCUGGGGUCCGGCUUUCUUCCGACGGCGGCGAUGUGCCGGCGGCGGGCCGCGCGCCUCCUCCCCUGCGGCUUCCUCGUCCUCCUUCAGGUGGACCUCCUCCUGGCCGCCUCGCCGCCCCCGUGCCGCUCCGGCUUCGUCUCGCAGCGGUUCCUCUUCGGGGUGCCCGACGGGCAGCUGGCUCCGGGCCACGUUUUGGGUGAAGUCAAGUUUGCAGAAUGCCCAGGAGGGGAGCCAGUUUCAUAUGGCACCAACACCCCCAACUUCCGAGUGCUGGCGGACGGAAAGGUGGCCGUGCGCCGGCUCUACAGGCAGCAGGAGCAGGAGCGGACUUUCACGGUGAAUGCCAGAGAUUCCAGGGGAAUCCAGUCAUCCGCCUCGGUUGUCCUGCAGAACAAAGGCCCCCCUUCUUCGCAGGAGGAAACUUCUCCUGCCAGGCAGGUGGAAGGGCAGCAGUUCCUACCAGCCAAGCUUGGCCUGAGGCGGCAGAAGAGAGACUGGGUUAUCCCCCCCAUCAGAAUGCCUGAAAACGAGAGAGGUCCAUUCCCCAAGAAGCUUGUUCAGAUCAAAUCAAACCGGGAUAAGGAAACAAAGGUUUUCUACAGCAUCACUGGGCAGGGGGCAGACACCCCUCCAGAAGGAGUCUUCAUCAUUGAGAAGGAGACGGGCUGGAUGAAGGUGACGCGGCCUCUGGACAGAGAGAGCAUCGAGAAAUACCACCUUUUAUCACACGCAGUUUCUGAAAAUGGCAAACCUGUAGAGGAACCGAUGGAAAUUAUCGUCACUGUCACAGAUCAGAACGACAACAAGCCCCAGUUCGCCCAGCAGGUUUUCAGGGGAUCAGUUUUGGAAGGAGCAACACCUGGGACGUCUGUAAUGCAGGUCACUGCUACUGAUGCGGACGAUGCCAUAGAGACCUACAACGGUGUCAUUGCGUAUUCCAUCCUGAGCCAAGCGCCCCAGGAGCCCCACCCGCAGAUGUUUGCCAUCAACAGAGCGACAGGGACCAUCAGCAUCAUUGCCAGCGGCCUCGACCGGGAGCGAGUGAGGGAAUACACCUUGACCCUGCAGGCAGCAGACCUGGACGGGUUGGGCUUAGCCAGCACAGCGUCAGCCGUGAUCGAAAUCACAGACGCAAACGACAACGUGCCGGAGUUCAAGGAACAAGUGUAUUUGGCAGAGGUGGCGGAGAACACGGAAGGUGUGGAGGUUUUGAGGCUGGCUGUGACUGACAAGGACGAGCGCCACUCUCCUGCUUGGCAUGCCGUUUAUAGCAUCAUUCAGGGCAACGAUGGAGGGCUCUUCUCCAUCUUGACAGACCCGGAGACCAACGAAGGGAUUGUGACAACAACCAAAGGGUUGGACUUUGAGACGAGGAAGCAGUUCGUUCUGCAGGUGGCAGUGGCCAACGAAGUGCCCUUUGCGGUGAAGCUGUCCACCUCGACAGCCACCGUGACCGUCAACGUGAAGGAUGUGAACGAGGCCCCCGUCUUCGUGCCGAUGGUCCUGGAGGUGAAACUCUUGGAGGACAUUCUGGUGGGGCAGAAAAUUGCUGCCUACACAGCGCAGGACCCAGACACGAUGCAGCCCCAGAAAAUCAGGUAUGUGCUGGGGAGUGACCCGGCCCACUGGCUGGCCAUCCACCCAGAGAGCGGCAUCGUCACAGCCAAGGGCCCCUUGGACCGGGAGUCCCCCUUCAUCCGGAACGACACCUACACGGCUCUUGUGCUGGCGGCGGAUGAUGGAAGCCCCCCAGCAACUGGGACAGGAACGUUGCUGCUGACCCUCCUGGACGUGAAUGACCAUGGCCCUGAGCCUGACCGGCGGAAGCUCACCGUGUGCAACCGCAACCCGGCACCGCAACUGCUGCGCAUCCUGGACAAGGAUCUUCCUCCCCAUGCCUCCCCUUUUCGCGCAGAACUCAGCCACAACUCGGAAGAGAACUGGGCUGCUGAGAUGGACAGCAGAGGGGAGACGGCCAUCCUGAAGCUGCUGAAGCCCUUGAAGCGGGAGACGUACGAUGUCUACCUCCGGCUGCUGGACCAGCAAGGCAAAGCGCAUCUGACUGUCCUCAAGGCGACCGUCUGCGAGUGCGAGGGAGAGGUGGACGAGUGUCCGGAGGGGCAGCUGGCCAUCGUUGGGGCACCGGUCAUCCUUGCCAUCUUGGGGGCUGUUUUGGCCCUAUUGAUUCUGCUGCUGCUGCUGCUGCUCUUCGCAAGGAGGAGGACGGUGGUGAAGGAGCCGCUGCUCCUGCCGGAGGAUGACAUGCGGGACAACAUCUUCUACUACGGCGAAGAGGGAGGGGGCGAGGAAGACCAGGACUACGACCUCAGCCAGCUGCACAGGGGAUUGGACACGCGUCCAGAAGUCGUCUUCCGGAAUGACGUUGUGCCAACCGUUUUGCCAGCCCCACAGUACCGCCCCCGCCCUGCAAACCCUGAUGAGAUUGGCAGCUUCAUCUGCGAGAACCUGAAGGCCGCUGACCUGGACCCCACAGCACCUCCCUAUGACUCCCUGCUGGUCUUCGACUACGAGGGUGGGGGCUCAGAGGCUGGCUCGCUCAGCUCCCUCGACUCCUCGGCCUCCGACCAGGAUCACGACUACGAUUACCUCAAGGACUGGGGCAGCCGCUUCCAGAAGCUGGCAGACCUGUACGGGGGAGGCGUGGCCGAUUAGGGAGCUUGGCCCUGCAGCCCAACCACCUCCCCAUGUUGGGCACCUGCUCCCGUGUUGUGCUGACUGCCAUUGCUUGGCACGCUGACCACUGCUCCGUGUUGGGACAAAAGGGGCUGCCAGGGACUUUCCGGGGCCCCCAGAAGAUGAUCCUUUGAACACCUUUGCAAAGGGGCAGCUCCGAAUGUGCUUUCUGGGCAGGGGCGUCUCUGGAUGGGGAUCUGUCCUGGCCGGGGGAACCUGGGGGCAGGCUGGGAAGCCUCUGCACUGCCCCUUGAUCCCAGCCCCCCUGCUGCCAGGAGUUGGAGAUGCUGCUGCACAAGAUGGGCCUGGAAGGGGGAUUUGGCGGCUGCAGAUGUGAUGGACUCCUUGCCCCCAGCGUAGCAGCCUCCCUGAACCUUCUUUGCUGCCUUCCCAUUAUUAUGUAUUGUAGCUCAGUUAGGGACUUGCAUUUUCUUUCCCUUUUUUGUAGCAUGUAUGAAAUAGAGUUGAUGAUCACUAAAGGACUGGACAAUCA